AUGCACUUUAAACUGGGUCACUCUGCAGGCAGAGGGCUCAGGGCUCGGCUGACUUUCUGGGUGUGUCUCCUGUGCCCUAGGCUCCUGGAGGCUCCGACUGCCUGGCGGGGAGAGAGAAAGAUGGGAAACAGCAUGAAGUCCACACCUGCCCCACCUGAGAGGCCUCUGCCCUGUCCAGAUGGACUGGACAACGACUUCCUCGCGGUCCUAAGUGAUUACCCAGCUCCUGACAUCAGCCCACCCAUAUUCCGCCGAGGGGAGAAACUGCGCGUGAUCUCAGAUGAAGGCGGCUGGUGGAAGGCCAUUUCUCUCAGCACCGGUCGAGAGAGCUAUAUUCCAGGAAUGUGUGUGGCCAGAGUUUACCACGGCUGGCUGUUUGAAGGACUGGGCAGAGACAAGGCUGAGGAACUGCUGCAGCUGCCAGACACGAAGAUGGGCUCCUUCAUGAUCAGAGAGAGCGAGACGAAGAAAGGUUUCUACUCAUUGUCGGUGAGGCACCGCCAGGUGAAGCAUUAUCGGAUCUUCCGGCUGCCCAACAACUGGUAUUACAUCUCCCCGAGGCUCACCUUCCAGUGCCUGGAGGACCUGGUCAACCACUACUCGGAAGUGGCUGAUGGGCUCUGCUGUGUGCUCACCACACCCUGUCUGACGCAGAGCAUGGCCGCCCCCACCGUGCAGGCCCCCAGCUCGCCCGUUACCCUGCGCCAGAAGACCUUGGACUGGAAAAAGGUGUCCAGAUUGCAGGAGGGCCCCGAGGGUGCAGAGAGCCCGCUGGGCGUGGACGGAUCCCUCUUCAGCUAUGGCCUUCGGGAAAGCAUCGCCUCAUACCUCUCCCUGACUGGGGACGAUGACAGCACCUCUCUCCAACGCAAGAAGAAGAGCAUGUCCCUGAUGUACAGCGGGAGUAAGAGAAAAAGCACCUUCUUCUCCUCACCCCCCUACUUUGAAGACUAG